AUGAUUAUUCUUCCCUUUUCCUGUGCAGGUAAACGAGGUUGGGAUUCUGCUCAUCCGGCCUUCUCCUGUAAAGAAAUUCUGGACUCUGGACACUCCAAAGGUAAACGAGGUUGGGAUUCUUCUCAUCCGGCCUUCUCCUGUAAAGAAAUUCUGGUCUCGGGACACUCCAAAGGAGACGGGGAGUAUUGGAUCGACCCUGAGAACAGUGGAAACCCUUUGAAGGUCUAUUGUGACAUGUUAAGAUAUGGUGGUAAGAAAAUGAAUUUUUUUCUUGAGACACGAGGACUUCAACACGAGUAUAUUUGGUCUUGGCUAUUCUUGCUUUCUCUACAAAUAUCCUUCUUAUGUUUUGAAUCAAAACUACUGCAGAAUUCUUGAAACUGACUAGUUAUCAUCAGCCGGCCGAUCUGAGCACUAAUAGGACAGUGUACGCGUCAUGUUUGUAAUUGGACAGUGUAAUAGGACCGUUAAAGGGAUAGUUAACGCGUCAUGCCUGUGUGAGUGGACAGAACGCGUCAUGUGCGCGCUGUUGUCUCGCAUUUCGCCGGGUGAACUGUUGUUUUUCGUUUUUGUGAAAACGUAUAACCGAUGUAUAGUUUCUUUCUCAAUUUUUGUCAUAUUUUUGAUUAAUUGGUAACAGGCCUUCUUGUAGUCCAAUUCUGUCUGUAGUGAUACGAGUGAUUAACAAAUCGGACUCCCGCUUUGCGGUCGUACGAUUUUACAAAUCACUCGCAUGAUUACAGACCCAAUUGGACUGCACUCGGUCCUGUUAUUAUUUCAUAUGUCCAAAAUUCUAGUUACAUGGAUGUCACCAGAUCAUUUAGGUUUGUUUUAUUUUAGGAGGUUGGCUUCUAGUGUCAAAUGUUGAGUUCGGAAGUCCCUCUCCUAAGGUGUCAGUUGAGACAUCAUACCGUGGAAUAUGUAAGUCACACAUGGUUCUGCAGAAAAGUGCCAUGAAAGAGCUCAGAACACAGUUGUCCUUCACUCAGCUGAGAUUCCACUGCCGUAAGAAACAGGGACGCACAUUCCACGUGGUCACAGCUUCCAACAGCUCAGGCGAAGCUGUAGUCCGGUACUUCAGCGGUCAGACAGAUGAGCAACCGGACGCCUGUGGUUCGUUUGUGAGAGUGACGAGUGAUGACAAUUCCGAGUUAGCGGGCAUUUGCAAAGAAUGGGGUCGACUAAGAAGUCUAGAAGCCCGGGUUGGAAAGUGGGGACAUGGUGAAGAUCAAGAGAGGCUAUACUCGUAUCCCGUCUUGAGAAAAAACAAGUAUCACCUUAGGGUCCAACUGAAAAUCACUGAAUUGGAAAAAUUGGAAUGUGAUGAUCGCUCCGGUCACAAUAAUGGCACUGACGGCGAUUUCUGGAGAGUCUUUGUUCGUUAGUUGCGUCUAUCUGUACACCAAGCAACCCUUGACUGUGCGAAUAACAGUAACAAACCAAUAAAGCAAAAUAAAGACAAGUGCAC